AUGGCCGAAGAAGUCUAUUUAGUCAGUUCAACAACUGGCAAACGUUAUCGUCUUGAUGGCUGCAGGCCUAGUACAACACCAUCUAAUCUACCGAAAUAUGCAAGCUCGCGAAAAUUUGCAGACAAGGACUUACCUGCACUGGUUGACUUAAGAUCAAUGAUGACAGCGGUAGAAGACCAACAAGAUACCAGCGCAUGUGUGGGUAAUGUAUUAGCCGGCGCAUAUGAAUUUCUAAGAAAGGCAGAGAUUGGAAGAGAUAUUGAUGUCAGUCGUCUAUUUAUUUAUUACAAUGCUCGUCUUGAAGAUGGAAUGGAUGAAAAAAACAUGAAAGAUAAAGGUUGUACGAUAUCAAGUGCCAUUAAAGCAUUGAAAAAGUAUGGGUGUUGCAAAGAAACAUUUUAUCCAUACAACAUAACAAAAAUCAAUCAAAAACCAUCAGCAUAUUGCUAUGAAGAAGCUAAAAAGUAUCGCAUAGUAGAUGGGAUGACUGUAGCAGUGAAGCUAAAUGAGAUGAAAUCAUGUCUGGCUCAAAAAUAUCCAUUCGCAUUUGGUAUUGAUCUAUUCGAUUCGUUUAGUGAUGCUGAAACAAAUGGCGGUAUUGUACCGAUGCCACAACCUGAUGAAGCAAUCAACGACAAUCAUGGUACUCAUGCAAUGUUGGCAGUUGGUUAUAGUGAUCGAGCAAAAUGUUUCAUUGUUAGAAACUCAUGGGGCACAGAAUGGGUGAGUUUCUUGUGUCGAUUACCUCAUGUUUUCUUUUAG